CUCGUAAUACGUGAAUGACUUUCUCUUUUUUUUUUUUUUCUUGUUUCUUUUUGAUUCAUCCUAUUAAAGCUGUAAUAUAUUUUUUUGUACAUACUAUGGGUUGACCCUACUAUGAAGCUAUCCAUCAUGAAUGGAAGGGGAGUGUUCGUUUGUAUUGUCAUGAUUUUCAAGAGGAAUAUCGUCAUAGAUUACAUAAUGGGAAUCUCUGAUAUAAAAUUCAAUUUGGCCCUGGAUCUUUGGAUCUGAGUGCAACAGAACAAAAAAAAGUUUCCCCAGUGUCUUUCCCUCUUUCCUUCACUUUGAGUAAUGUUUGAACCCACAAUAAAAUACCGAAAAGUGACUGCAGUUAACGAUAAUGAUGAUGAUGAUGAUGAUGAUAAGGAUAAAGAAAGACUCAACGGAACAGGAGCGCCCCUUGAUAAGAAGGCAGAUGUAAGCAGUAGCAAUAGCAGCGGCGAUACGAAUACUGACAAAAAGACUGAAACAACAACAACAGUAACAUCCAAGGAUGAAAAAAUCGAGGAUUAUUCCUUUACAUUUGAAGAAGAAGGGGAAGAAAAGGAAACCAAGAUUGCCAUCGAUCCUAAUGACAAAGAUCGCAUCAUCGUUACCCUUUCUACAGGUCAACAAUAUUCAGCCGAUCGAUAUUGCCCUCAUGCAGGAGCCGAUCUUUCUUUGCACGGAAAGGUCAGUGAGCACGAGUAUCCUCCAGAGAUUGGACCGGUGUUGAUGUGUGCCAUCCAUUAUUGGGAGUUUGCUUUAGAGAAAGAGGGACGAGGUGCUGGUGGUGGCGGUUGGGCCACCUUGAAUGCCUGUCCUUUGAACAAAAUGACUCGUUCUGGACCUCAUUGUGAAAAUAAUGGCGGGUGCAAAAGUAGUAGAAAUCUAGAUUGGUAACUUAAUAAACUGGCUGAUUUCUAAAAAAAAAAAAAGAAAAA